AAAGGCAGCAAGAGAAGCAAACUUCAUGAGAGGAGGAGGGCCUUGGAGCAGUGCCUGAGCCCUGAUGGUCAAGGUCUAUUUCUUCGGCGUAAGGACUUUAGACCAAAGAGAUGAGCGGAAACAGAGACACAGGUAAAGGCCAGCCUGGUAAGUCCAAAACAAAGACCCAGAGUAUGAGUCACCAAUCAGACACCCUCCACAAGCCCUGUGGCCAGACAAAGGGCCAGGGCCUCAGAAACCAGAGCCCCCACCCCCAGGUGAUGGAGCUGAUCCCGCGCUUGAGGCAGACCAUAGAGGACUACAUCACACAGCUGGAGACCAGGCACCUGUAGCAGGACUGGGAGACAGAGAAGCAGAGGCACACUCAGGCCAAGGAGCAGGAAGCCAUCCUUGUCCACUUAAUGUGCCAGGUGGUCAACCUCUUACACUCUGGGGUCACAAGUAGCCUGGAGUUCCAACUGCCUCGCCAUUCCCCGGACAUCCGAGGUGAUGUUGGAGGUGGGUAGCUGGCCCAAUCGCCCAGGGAGCCUGACCAGCUAAGUCACCAACUGAGUGAUUCGGAAGCUGCAUUCAUCAGCUAUGACCUCUCCAACCGUGGGAUUGACAUCUCUGCCUUAUACCACUCCACCUUCCGGGACUUCAUGGCCUACCAAAGAGACAAAUACCACAGAGGCAAAAACACCUGGGGCUUCAUUAACCUUGGUAUCAAUGAGAACAAGCUCUGCAUUGAUCUGAUGACUGAAAGGUUGAGUCGAAGUGACAUGAACUACACUGAUGAUGACCUUCUGCAAUAUUCUGACUGGAAAGGACAUGCAUUCCUGCAGGAAGAAGUGGCCCUGUUCCUGACCAACUACAGCAAGGCACCAGCCCAGCUUGAUCCAGAAAAUGUGGUUGUUCUAAAUAGCUGCCUCUCUGUCUUCUUGGCACUGACCAUGGUUAUGAGUGAUCCAGGUGAGGCCAUUCUGGUCGCCACACCCUUCUAUUCUGGCUUCACCUUUACUUCCCGCCUGUAUUCGAAAGUUGAGCUGAUUCAUGUCCACCUGGACAGUGAGAUCACUGAGGCGGACACCUGUCCCUUCCAGCUGACUAUGGGCAAGUUGGAGAAAGCCCUGCUUGACGCUAGGCUUAAGGGGAGAAAGGUCAAAGGCCUUGUGCUGAUCAACCCUAAUAAUCCUCCGCGAGACGUCUAUUCCCAGGACUCACUGAACGAAUAUCUGGAAUUUGCCAAGAGAUACAACCUCCAUGUGAUUAUUCAUGAGAUUUCCAUGCUGUCUGUGUUCAAUGAAUCCUUCCCAUUCUGCAGCGUUCUGAGCAUGGAAAGUUUGCCUGACCCCAAAAGGACCCAUGUGAUCUGGGGCUUUGGGAUCUCUGGCUUCUGCUUUGGCGCUCUCUACACCAACAGCAAGGAUGUGGCCUCUGCCGUGGGCGCUUUUGGCUUCCUCCAUGGCAUCUCUGGCAUCACCCAGCACAAGCUGUGUCAGCUGCUCCAGGACAGAGAAUGGAUUGACAACGUGUAUGUGCCCACUAAUCGUUCCCGGCUGCAGGAAGCUCACAGGUUCAUCACUAACCAGUUGAAGGCAUUGGGUAUCCCCUUUCUCAAUUGUGGCUCUGGCCUCUAUGUCUGGAUGAACUUGAAAAAGUACCUGGACCCAUGCACAUUUGAGGAAGAGCUGCUCCUUUAUCGCUGCUUCCUGGACCACAAGCUGCUACUGUCCCCUGGCAAGGCCUACAUGUGUAAGGAGCCUGGCUGGUUCCGCCUCACCUUUUCAGAUAAGCCCCUCCACCUAAAAGUCGCCAUGCACAGGUUCUGCCAGGCAGUAGGCGCCCAGCAGCAGCACUGGUUGGAGAAGCAAGUGGAAGAUGCGCUGAAGGAGGAGGUGCCCUCGCUCUCAUCCGGCUCCCGGGAGCCACCGACGGGCCUCAGCGUGGAGCCGGGUCCCCCUCCUGGUCGGGGCGGACGGAGACGCGGGCCCGGCCGGAGGCUGCGCUCGCUCAAGCGGGGUUCCGGGGGCUCCGGGGGCCCGGGGGCCUCAGAGCCGCUCCCUGCGGCGCUGAGGCGACGCCGCUGUGAAUACAGCGAGGAGACCGAAGGGGCGUUCGCUCGCGGCCAGUCCCGUCAGAACAUUCAGAAAAAACCAAGUAAUAAAGAGUGUGUUGUAGAGAAGAGGGUUCUCUGCACUGCCUUCUCUCAAAAUGGGAUCAGGAGACUGGGAUCCCCAGCUCUACUAGACACCUUCUGGGAGGGAGCUGAGUCCAUACACUGCUACCGAGAGGCUAUGGGACCAAUGGGAUUAUUCAGCACUGAGGUCAGUGGCAGCACCUGCUCCCUGGGUUCCCUUACUCCAGUUCGCGAGGAAUAA